AUGUCCCCGACACUACAGGACACUUCAAAUGGUACAGUAGAAGCUGUUUCAUUAUUGGUGACGUACACAAUCGUGUUAAUCACCACCAGUGUCGUCGCGGGAAUAUCGAAGUGGGUAUCACCAAGCUAUUUGUACAUCGUAAAUUUCGUCAUUCUUUCGUUCUCAGUGAACGUGCCAGUUAUUUUGGAAAUGUACAACGCAAAUGACGUGGUUAAUUCGAUUGUAUUUCCAUGUAGGAGAAUGGUCACUGUAUUUUGUUGGGUUGUCCUUAACGCCACGACAGCGUUUUAUAUUCAAAACAUCGCGCCACUUGAUUCUUUUGGAUUUUUCUUGGGUGCAGCAGAGUUUGUAAAAUGUGUUGUGUAUGCACUUGUUUUUUUGUUGCACGCUAUUUUUAUGAAAUUUGAAACGCAAUACGUUGAUGCAGAGACCAUUCUUGCCUUUUAA